UUCUAUGCACACAUCAAGCACCUAAGAAUGAGAAUCCCAUCUUAUGCAUUAAUUCUGAUUUUCUCUCUCUUUUCCCAAGGUUUCCUACUUUCUGUUUCAAAGUCGAUGCGAAAAGCGGAAGAUGACAUGCUAUUAAGUGCGUUCAGUCUUGGAAAAGUAAUCCAAAAUGGCGGAAAAGCUGAAAAGUCACUGCCGGCAUCUUCUCUUGAACAUUAUAAAAUUGAGGACAGCAGUUUUCUGAAUGAAGAGGAAGAUGGAGCCCCAAAGUUCUCAAACACAGGGUUGAAGCACCAUGUCAUAAGCCACAGCCGACCGCUGAACCUGCCUCUUAAGCAGCUUCCUUAUUUUUCACUGGAGGAACCUGCGGCUUUUCCAGCUGAAGCCGAAGUUCAAAGUAUUGAAUCCAUACAGGAAAGGAGAGAAACGGGAGAUGAUGAAAAUUCAGCUAAAUUACCUAUCGGAAGAAGAGACUUUGACAUGCUCAGGUGUAUGCUGGGAAGAGUCUAUCGACCAUGUUGGCAAGUCUAA